AUGUACACCAAUUAUUCACUUACAAGCAGUGACGCAAUGCCCCGAACUUACUUGGUCGGCACAGCCUCACCAGAAAUGUCUAAGAAAAAGCGCCAGUCUGCAAAUUGUGACAAGCCAACGAGGAGGGUGAUCCACAUCAUCGAUACUAAUGAGCACUCAGAAGUCGACUUGAAAAAUGAACUGCCAAUAACAUGCACGAAUGAAGACGGUGAGAUGACAUCAAGCUCAUGGACUUCACAAACCGCUAAUGAUUUUCUCAAACUGGCAUACGUAAACGCGAAAUUAGACCCGUCUUUGCCAUCUCAAUAUUUCAAACAAGAUAUCAUAAAUGUUUUACAAAGCUUGGAGAUUCCUGGAUGGUCUGUGCCCGGCUCUAAAGAAUCCUCGUUGAAUAAGAAUUUAUUAACUUUGACACAAAUCAAGGGGGCCCUUACAAAUGUUAUUUAUAAGAUUCACUAUCCAAACUUACCCCCUUUACUGAUGAGAAUUUUUGGUGAUAGCAUAGAUUCUGUAAUUGAUAGAGAGUAUGAAUUAAAGGUUAUUGCGAGAUUAUCAUUUUAUGAUUUAGGACCCAAACUAGAAGGGUUUUUUGAAAAUGGCAGAUUUGAAAAAUACAUUGAGGGUUCGAGGACAUCUACUCAAGCCGACUUUAUAGAUCGGGAUACUUCAAUAAAAAUUGCUAAAAAAUUGAAAGAGUUGCAUUGUACUGUUCCAUUAACGCAUAAAGAAAUAACGGAUCAACCGUCAUGCUGGACAACCUUUGAUCAGUGGAUCAAAUUAAUAGACUCGCAUAAAGAGUGGGUUUCCAAUAAUGUAAAUAUAAGUGAAAAUUUACGCUGUUCAAGUUGGAAUUUUUUUUUAAAGAGUUUCAAAAAUUAUAAGCGUUGGUUGUAUAAUGAUUCUGCUUUUACCUCAAAAUUAUUAAGAGAGGAUGAUAAAGAUAGUAUGAUAAAUUCUGGGCUAAAAAUGGUAUUUUGCCAUAACGACUUACAGCAUGGUAAUUUACUUUUUAAAAGUAAGGGUAAGGAUGACAUCUCAGUGGGCGAUUUAACAAUUAUUGACUUUGAGUACGCAGGCCCUAACCCCGUUGUAUUUGAUUUAUCAAAUCAUUUGAAUGAAUGGAUGCAAGACUAUAAUGAUGUGCAGUCUUUCAAGUCUCAUAUUGAUAAGUAUCCAAAAGAAGAAGAUAUUUUAGUUUUUGCACAAAGUUAUAUAAAUCACAUGAAUGAGAACCAUGUCAAAAUUGCUUCUCAAGAGGUUAGGAUUCUUUACAAUCUAAUCAUCGAAUGGAGGCCUUGUACACAAUUAUUCUGGUGCCUUUGGGCUCUUUUGCAAAGCGGAAGGCUACCACAACGACCACUGAUAGAAGGUGAAAAACUAAUGAGCGAAAAGGCUGGACUAGGUGAUGAAACGCACCUUAUGGAGCACAAAAAUAAAGAGAAUGGAAAAUACGAUUGUUCUGAAGAUGAUUCGUUCAACUAUUUAGGAUUUUGUAAAGAAAAAAUGUCUGUCUUUUGGGGCGAUUUAAUUACAUUGGGAGUUAUCGACAAAGACUGCCCAGAUAUUGGAAAAACAGAUUACUUAGACACUAAACUUAUUUUUUAA